UGCGUCGAUGGAUAAAAUUCCCAAUGACAGCAGAAGAAAGAAUUGUUGCACGGAAUAAAUUUGUACAAGCUCCGCAACCAUUUCCUGGUGCAAUAGGAGCCAUAGAUUGUACUCACAUAAAUAUCAUUGCACCUCGUGUACACGAAGAAGCAUAUGUGAAUCAUCAUGGAAAUCAUUCCUUGAAUGUACAAGCCAUUGUUGAUCCAGAUUUAAAGAUAUUAAAUAUUAAUGCGCGAUAUCCUGGAGCUAGAAAUGAUGCAUACAUAUGGAAUGCUUCUCCAAUCAAACGUGCUAUGGAAUACCAUUAUAAUCAUGGUGAAAGAAGGACAUACUUAAUUG